CGAACUUACGCGUCAGACUACAUUGGUUAGGUAGACAACUGUUUGUCGUGCGUUUUCAUGCUUGUUAGCAUAAUUUAUGCACGUCGAGUUCACUGGCACAUUCAUAAUUUUCCAAUGACCUUUAGUAAAAUUAUCAUAACUGUCCCCUCCGGUUGUGAUGGUACUGACUCAACAUUGCGAAAAUGGCGCGAAAAGUAAACGGCUUACAUUCCAUUCUAAUUCUGCACGUAGGCCCCACUUAUUGGGCAAGGCUGAACGUGCCGAAGUGCAUUGUCGAGGAGUAACAUAGUGACAACUUACACCUUACAGUGAUAGGCCCGACGUUUUUAGACCGCGUUACUGUGUUUUUAGGCCUAGGAAAUCAGAGAGCAUAGACCUGCAGGUGCAUCAUUUUAUUUUGCGUAGGAUUCCCCACAGUCCUCGUCUGCCACGGUGCCAGUCGCCCACCCGGCCCCUAGGCCCAUCAUGCCCAUGGAGGAAGGGGAGUUGUAUGAUGAAGAUUUGAACAGCAUAGCGAGGGAGAUUCAUGCCAAUGACUGGAAGAAUCUGGCUAUAUAUCUUGGCUUCAAACGUGCACAAAUAUCCCACAUCGAGGCAGACAAUCCUAGGGACAUUCUUGGUCAAAUAUUUGCGAUGCUUAGCCAGUGGAGAAAUAAGCUGGAAUGUCAUGUCAACCAGAGAAAAGCUCUCUGCGAGGCACUGACAAGAACCGGGAACAGGCUUCUUGCUGCUAGGCUGAGUGGCGUUGCUCCUCUGAGAUCAAGAAGUAUACAGGCUACAGAACCUAAUACAAGCUCGCUGCGGGUAAAGGCGGUUCAUGCAGCAAAGAUCCCAAUUGUUCAGAUACGCUACAUCAGGCCAAGAAAAUGGAAUCCUUACCUGACGAAGCCCAUCAAGGCAUGGUAUUACAGUGGGUACAAUGAUGAAGUACAAGAGGGCGAGAACAACUUCUACUUCCAUUGUCUCAUGACUGAUCGAAGUGGGUUUAUAAUUUACACCUCUUUCUUUUUUCCAGAUUUUCAGGAAGCUAAAGAAGUGUAUGAUUUAGUGCACAAGAGUGAUGUGAAUAACCCAGUCCAAUUGAGUUGCUUGAAAGUUGAAAAGCAAAAAAAGAGAUACAAACAGAAAGGAAUGUUCAAACGUACAUGUAGAUUGAUCUUUAAUGAAAAGUCGAAAAUCAGUGUGUGGCCUAGAAAGAGUUUCAGUUUCAACUCAUGAGUUGUUUGGGUCUGUUAGUCAAUUGCGUUUUGCUUUUCUGCAUAAUUAUGUAAAAAGGACUUUCUUUUUUUUUCUUCCUCCUUCCCUCCCCGCGGUUCUGUUAUUACUAGAUACUAAUUCUAGAGUUUGAUACAAGGUGAAAAUGAAAUUUAAGAAACUAAAUUUAAAUGUACAGUGGAACAUCAAAGGUGUGCGAGGGAUGAAAGGGAGCACUUGUUUCUUUUACAGAUAGUGAAAAAUGUCUGCAAGUAAAUACAUGUACACUACACUUCUUAUGCAGUGUAUUUAUGAAUACAAAUUCAAAAACCUAAUACUCUCAAAUGGACAUCAUCGCUCAGUCCCUUAUCUUCCCCAGGCCCCAAUGCAGUUUUAAAUGUACUUGUUUAAAAUGUUUCCACCACACUUUUGUUGCCUUUUUAUACCCCAACAUGGGUUAUAAAUAAAAUAUAUUUAGAUGAAAUAAAGCAAGAGAAAUUUAUUAGUACAUGUAGUCUCUGGGCUAGAGUCAAUCGCCACUUGUACUUUGUAAUCCUUGCCAUGCCCAUAACAGGACCCAAAAAGGACUUUAACAGAAUGCACACUCACAGAGUACCACUUUUUGAAAUCUCUCUUAGUUGUUUAUAUUUUGAAUUUUUUUAAUCCAGGUUUGAGGGACAAUUUAUAGCAUUAUCAGGCUUCAGUGGAUCUUAACCAAACUUGGCAUAUCAAAUGUUCACAAGUAUUACUUUCAGAAAAUGUCCAGUGCUUCUUAACAUAGUACUGUACUGUGAAAUGUAAUUGAAUGGGACUCUGAAAAGCCACUUUCUGAGAAAUGUAGAGAGCAUCCCUACAAGUACAAGGUUUUUCUGUGAUCUAUAUUGUGUUCUUAUUGUGGACAUGGGAUGAAAAACCUUGUGGUAGUGAUCAUUUCUGGGGUGCUGAUCUUGCCCCCCUAAUAACAUCUGUAGCAGCAUACAGAUGAAAGCAUAUUUAGAUGUGACCUUUUCCCCUUAAGGCAUGUGGUGUGUGGUCUUGCUUGUUUUGAUGCAGUCUUUUCAGUGUAUCAAAUUAAAAUCAUCCGCAUGCAUGCUAUGCAUGUCGUGUAGUGCUCUGAAGUGUAUGUUGUGACAAUAUUUUACAUGGUUUAUUCAACAGUUUAAAAAUUUGUCUGUAAAAUAUACUGUAGUAGAUAUCAAAAUAAACCUCAUUUUUUUCUUUUGAUGGGCGUUUUAAGCUCUGUGUGUAUUUUCUGUAAUGUAUUCAUGUACAUGCACUGCACGAAUAAUCUCGUUAUCUGCAGAAUGUUUAUGAUGGCUACAAGUACAGAAUUACCAACUUAUGUAAUUCCAUCUUUAUGCUGACUGGUCACAAUUAAAUAUUUUAUGCUUUACAUGACAGGUUGACAUUUCAGGCACUCUUGAAAAUACUUCUGAAGACACUUAGAUCUUACCAAGUUAAAACGCAAGAUUUAGUGUUAACACAGCUCAAACCGUAUGCUGUUUUAUAACAUUCAGUGGUAUCAUCUUUCAGAACGCUGAGCAUGGUCUUACUCUAGAUUUCUGAAACAGUACAUCAGUACAUAAGGUUGAUUGUACACUGAAUAAGCUUUACAUGUACAGAAUGACUAGUGAAAUCAUAGACUACGUACCUAUCCACUUGAAGUGCUUAUUUCUUGUCAUUUUUUAUGAUACACUUUUACAUUAAGUUUGUAUCAAGUGAAUUGAGUGGUAAACUUUUCCAUUUGUUUUUCUUCAACUUGUGGGGUAUUUUGUUGGUAUCCUUUCACUUAAAAACUCCCAAAUUUCUAGGAGCUCUGUAACACAGAUUAUGCAACUGAACAUCCUUCGGUGCAAAAUUAAGUGGUAAGACUGAAUACAAUAGCUGUACAACACCACGAGUUACCACUCCCCAGAUUAAGUAAUACCCCAAAGGAAUUUUGUAAUUGUUUUGUCGUCACUGACAUUUGUAACUCAACUGUUUAGAGUUUCAAUGCUCAGCGCUAUCCAGUGACCUCCCACUGUGUGAAAAAAGCAUCGCUACAGGCUUGUUUUACCAGGAUGCAAUCCCACAAGUUGUCAUGCGUGCUAAACUGCUUGGAUGUAGUCGCCAGUCAGGAUCAAAUCUCUCAUGAAAAUUCUUCAGGCUGUCAUUUUUGCCCACACAAAUUUAUCUAAAUUUCAGUUGUCCAAAAAUGGAUGAAUAAAGGGUCUUGAUCACAGGAAAUACUUUAGAAGAAACGAUUUGAAAACUUUGCACGGUUCUGAUUUUGUUUUUUCCUGACUUUAAAAAAAACGUUAUACAGUUUCUGAAACUAAGCAGAAGCAUAAAAGGGUCUUGCGCCUGAUAAUUUGUUCACCACAAUUGAUAAAAGUAGAGUGAUUUUUACAGUAUUGUAGCGUCGGAUCCACGGUAGAGCCGUGUGGUGGGGGCCCCGACCGGUCGUGUUUUAGAAGCACAUUGACAUUGUUUUCGGAGUUGAUGCGAAACAAGAGAGUCGGAGUUAUAAUAAACGAGAGCCACAAAA